CCGGGGCGCACGCUGUCCCCAAGGGAGGCCAAACAAGUUGCAGGAUCUGGCUGGUGUGACCAGCGGGUGCUGGGGCACAAUCGUGAAGCCUUUGAGAGGAGCCUGGAGCUCGGGGAUGGUGACGGUGAGCGGCAGGUGUGGGAGGCCUUGCAGCAGCAGCUCCUCCAGUCCCUCCUGGCCUUCUCUGCUGUGAACAGCAUCUCACGGGCUGGGGGCCCUGAGCACCGGGGCUCACCCGGGAUGGGGAGCAGGGACGCUGGGUCCCUGUGCCUCCCAGCGGCGCGGCCGAGUGACUUCUGGCUGCGCUGA